ACUGAACCCGAUUCAUUUGGUACCUGAAAAACAACCCGAUAAUGGUCAAAAACAGUUCCGUGAGAAGAAGAUGGCUGGAACAGAGUGAAGAGUGAAGAAGACACAUGGAUAAACCCUAGCAAUCCUCCAUGGCAGCAAUUCAGUUUCUUCCAUCAAAUCUUCCAAACUCUCAUGCGCUCCUUUACUCACCAACCCACUUCUCAAUUUCAGCAACCUUUCCAAUCCCCAUUCCCAGACCUCCCAAAUUGCAUAACCCAAAACCUCCCAGAGCUUCCAUCAAUGGCGACCCUACCACCUCCCCACAAACCCCCAAACCCAAUCGCCGAGGCCGCAAGAAAAACCCCACAACUUCCCAAACCCAAUCCUCAUCGAAACCGAAACGAACCCGAAAAACCCAGUCCCAGAACGGCACAAUUGAAGCAAAUGGAACCAUAGAAUCAACAAACGAUGUUGAAGACGAAGACUAUGAUGAUGGGAUUGACUUUCCGUACGAAGACCCACCAUUGAUAUGCUGCUUCGGAGCCGCACAGAAGGAGUUUGUGCCGACGGUGAGGGUUUCGGAGGAGCAAAUGCAUCAGGAUAGAUACUCGGAGUGGAAGAUGAUGCAGUGGAAACCGCCAGAGUUCGCCAGGGCAGUCGGAGGGCCGCCGUCGAACGUGGCCAUAUCGCACGUCAGGCUCGGUGGCCGGGCGGCGUUUAUGGGGAAGGUUGGGGACGAUGAAUUUGGGGAAGAAUUGGUUUUUAUGAUGAAUAAGGAGAGAGUUCAGACUCGGGCUGUGAAGUUUGAUAAGAAUGUGCAAACGGGUUGUGCUUAUAUGAGAAUUAAGUUUGAUGAUGAGGGGAAGAUGACGGCGGAGGUGGUGAAGGAGUCGGCCGAGGAUUCGUUGAUUGGGUCUGAGCUCAAUCUUGCUGUGCUCAAAGAGGCUAGAAUGUUUCAUUUCAAUUCAGAAGUCCUAAUGAGACCUUGUAUGCAUUCUACCCUUUUCAAAGCAAUUUCACUGUCUAAAAAGUUUGGCGGCCUUAUAUUUUUUGAUUUGAAUCUGCCCUUACCUCUGUGGAAAUCACGUGACGAGACGAGGGAAGUGAUCAAGGCGGCCUGGGAAAAAGCAGACUUAAUUGAGGUGUCAAGGCAAGAACUAGAAUUUCUUCUGGACGAAGAGUACUACGAAAGGAAGAGAAAUUACAGGCCUCAAUACUAUGCCGAGAAUUAUGAGCAAACUAAGAACAGGAGAGAUUAUUACCAUUACACCCGUGAGGAAAUAUCCCCAUUGUGGCAUGAUGGGUUAAAAUUUUUGUUCGUGACUGAUGGAACGCUUCGGAUUCAUUAUUAUGCCCCUUCUUUCGAUGGUGUGGUGAUUGGAACAGAGGAUGUCCUGAUAACUCCAUUCACUUGUGACAGGACAGGCUCGGGUGAUGCUGUUGUAGCGGCUAUCAUUAGAAAGUUGACUACACAACCUGAGAUGUUUGAAAAUCAAGAUUUUUUGGAGAGGCAGCUUCGCUUUGCAGUUGCCGCAGGGAUUAUAGCACAGUGGACAAUAGGUGCAGUGAGAGGGUUUCCUACAGAGAGUGCUGCGCAAAAUCUAAAAGAACAAGUUUACGUGCCUUCAAUGUGGUAGUGACGGAGUGACACUAAAGUCAGUCCUAACACAGGUAACCUGGUCUGUUGUCUGUUCGCUCGGUGUUUUGAGUAGUUUUGUCUCCGAUGAAAGCAGGUGAGAGUUUGUGAUGGAGAAAAGAUUCACAUAAUGUAGACUGGCCAAUUGUGUUGGUUUUAAAACUCCAACCUCGGGAUCUCUUGGCAUUGGCCAAUAUGUAGGUAGACAUUUCUUACGUUGUGCGUUUUCUUGGUGAGUAGAAUUCGAGACAAAUUGUGCACUAUUCUUCUUGCAAUUAUGCUGCAAUUUUUAUAAUGACCAAUUCUCC